AUGGUUAAUUUGAAUUCAUCGCACGCCGCAUCGCUCAGGUAUGUCUACCAUAACUGCCAUUGCUUGAGCAGUUUUGCUGCCGGUCCAAACAGCGUCAAUGUUUCGCUGCGUGAUAACCUUAGUACUGCCCAUCAGCCAACGCAGGCCCCCCAAGUGUACGAUGAUGAAGUCAUCGCCGGUGUGUGUGCGCCCGGCUGUAAGACCCUGAUCCCAUUCAUCUGCUUCCUUACUGUCCUCCUCUUUCUUACGGGUGUGAUUCAGAACCCCCUCCUGAUAGUCACAAUGCGUUCAGUGCGACACAAUCAACGCUCCCUUGCACUUGGCCUCCAGUUCGUGAUCAUCCGCCUCCUCGCCAACCUCCCCUCACCCAUCGCCUUUGGUCGAGCCAUCGAUGGGGCUUGUGUACUUUGGAAGGUGGACUGCGGUCGGAGGGGAGACUGCGCUUUCAUGGAUCUCAAAAAUCUCACAUACUACAUUACUGGUAAAUGGACAGCGAGUGUAAAUCUGCUUUUUGCUUUGCCAUUUAUCGUCUUAUUUAAAAAUAAUCCGACUUUGUAA